UGAUCAUCGAUUUUUGAAAUUGCAUGUGUGCAGUCCAUCUGUAUCCAUCAUCUCUCUACAAAAAUCACACAAUUUCACCUUAAUUUUAUUUAAACUAAUCAACCCUUCUUCUCCAUUGAUGCAUAGCUCAACCUCUUUAAAACAAAACAAGGUUUGGAUCAUCGCGUAUUUAACAGACCGGUCGCUUUAUUAGUACAUAUAGUUUGGAAAAUCUUUCUACAUUAGCAAUAUAGAUUGUAGUUUGUGUUCUACAAAAAAAAAAUAUGGACAUUAAAGAGAAAAUUCUGAUGGGACGAUACGAGUUAGGGAGAUUAUUAGGACAGGGGGCGUUUGCUAAAGUUUACUAUGCUCGUAAUUUAACAACGGGCCAAAGUGUGGCGAUUAAGGUGAUAGACAAAGAGAAGGUUUUACGGAUCGGGCUUAUGAAUCAAAUCAAACGAGAGAUAUCUGUUAUGAAACGAGUGAGACACCCUAACAUCUUACAGCUUUAUGAAGUCAUGGCUACGAAAACAAAGAUAUAUUAUGCGUUAGAGUAUGCAAAAGGCGGUGAGCUUUUUGAUAAAGUAGCUAACGAGAAGCUACAAGAACAUAUUGCUCGUAAAUAUUUCCAACAGUUAAUCAACGCCGUAGAUUUUUGCCAUAGUAGAGGGGUCUACCAUCGCGAUUUAAAACCCGAAAACUUGUUAUUAGACGAAGAUGAGAAUUUAAAAGUUUCUGAUUUCGGGUUAAGUGCUCUUGCUGAUUCUAAGCAUCAAGAUGGGUUGUUACACACCACGUGUGGGACCCCUGCUUAUGUGGCACCGGAAGUGAUUACUAGAAGAGGGUAUGACGGGGAUAAGGCCGAUAUAUGGUCUUGUGGGGUGAUCUUGUAUGUUUUAUUAGCGGGUUAUCUUCCGUUUCAUGAUACGAAUUUAGUGGAAAUGUAUAGAAAAAUGGGGAAAGCGGAGUUUAAAUUUCCAAGUUGGUUUCAACCCGAAGCACGUAAGCUAGUUUUAAGAAUGUUGGAUCCAAAUCCUGUAAAUAGAAUCACAAUUCCGAAAAUAAAGGCAAAUUCAUGGUUUAAAAAGGGGAAACUUUCCAAAGAACCGAGUUUAAACAAAGCGUCAGGAUCCGGCGCUACAGAUGUUGCCGAAAAUCAAGAUCUAACGAAACCUCCAAACAUGAAUGCAUUUGAUAUUAUUACAUUGUCACCGGGGUUUGAUUUGACAACAUUAUUUGAAGAGCCCAGACAAAAAACCGAAGCAAGAUUUACCAUUUGGAGGCACGCUUCGGUUAUUAUUACUAAACUGGAAGAAGUUGGUAAACGAUUGGGGAUGAAAGUGGGUAAAAGGGAAGCCGGGUUGUUGAAACUGGAGGCGAUGAAGGAGGGUAAAAAGGGAAUUUUGUCGAUUAAUGCGGAGAUAUUUGAACUCACUCCAUAUGUCCACUUGGUGGAGAUGAAAAAGUGCAACGGUGAUACAUUGGAAUAUCAGAAGGUGUUAAAUGAAGGUUUAAGACCUGGAUUACAAGACAUUAUAUGGAAUUCGCAAGACGGUGAACAAGAGCAACAAGUACGAUUAGAGCAACAACAUCAACAACAACAACAGGUGUUAAUCCCCAGAAAAUGUUAAUAGGAACAAACAAUGAAGAAUUUUGAGGAAAUAGCAGAGAAAAUAUGAAGAAUUUACGAGGGCAAGAACACUCAACCCUUUGUAACUGUUUAAGAUGGGUGUCAUAAAACCAGAUGAGUGUGUCAUACAUAAGGCAGCUAGCACGCGACACUAGUUGUACUCUCAUCUUUGGAUAGGUUGGUAAAGUUUGACCAUUAAUGUUUAAGCCAAUGCAAACCAAUUUAGUGAGUUGGAUUCAUGGAAUGCAUAUUCAUGAUGAAUUAAAAGUAACGCGUACCCCGUUCUUUAAUGUCUGACCAAUCGUUAUACCCCCUUAUGAUACGUUGAAACGAUCCAUAACGAAGAAAAACUCAUCCUGUGCAAACCAAACUCGCAUUGGAUUAUUAAACAUUAUAAACAAAACCGUAUGUUUGCUUGACGUGACACAAAUAAAACGAAAGUUUAUUCGCGUACGAUUUGAUCAGUUUUUCAUAUGGUUUGCGCAACGGCUAUAGACGCCAUUACUGAUAUUGUCUAUUUACAUGAUGUUCUCCCAAAGUUAUUUAAACAUGAACAACUGAAUUGUUCUCUUUAUAGAAUAAAAAAUAUUUUGAAUCUAUAACAAUAGCAUGAUAAAAACCAAAGAUUAAAAAGAAAGUUACACACAUAUGGGUGACUCCGUCAAGUCAAUGAUCUCAGGACAUACAACAGAAACCGCUUUUUUCUUCCUAAUUCGAUAUUCGGGUGAUGGGGUAAAUAAAUCGACCACCUCAACUUCACCACUAGAACCAGAAAUCUUCGUGUUGGGUCCAUCUUUAUCACCAACACAACCCAUUUUAUUAAAACCCGAGUCCAUAAAUGAUCUCUUAGGUAUGUUACUGCAGGCCGCUGGUUCAUAAUUUUCAUCAUCUGAAACGCAAAUUGCUUCUUUUUCAUCGUUUUGAUGAACUGGUAUUGUUUCCGGUUCUUCAUCAUCAUCCCACGUAUCUUUAUUCGUGCACGCUGGUUGUUCAUUAUUUUCAUCAUCUGAAACGCAAAUUGCUUCGUUUUCAUUGUUUCGAUGAUCCGCAGAGACGGAAACUUGUAUUGUUUCCGGUUCUUUAUCAUCAUUCCACAAAUCCUUGUUAUUGCAGGAUGAUUGUUCAUAAUUUUCAUUACCCGAAACAUGAAUUGCUUCUUCUUCAUUGUUGUGGUGAUUUGUAUAAGAAAGAACUGGAAUCAUUACAUCUUCAAAUGAUUUUGUGGGUUCCUCUUCAUCGUCAGAUAGAUCGUUUUCAAAUCCGAACAUAUCAUCUUCAUCGUCUCUAUAUCCUUCUGUAUAACAUGGAAGCUCAUCCAUGGAACGAAUGUGUACCCUCAUGUGGCUGGGUAAUGUAGGACACCCAGCAUAAUGCUUUGUGUA